AUGGAUGGGACUAUUUCAAUUGAUAUUUUUUCGAAUAUAAAAGUUCAAAACUAAAGGAAAUUUAAAUACUUUUUGGACAUCUUGAUGAUAUUACAACUCUAGUUUUGUUAAUAAGAAGUCAUAUUUUAUCAGGUUAAAAAGAUAUGUAAAUAAUCAUUUGGUCAUUAAAUUUAUUAAGUGAACCAAAGAAAAUCUAAAAACUUUAAUGAUAAUAUUUUUUAAUCGAAAAUAAAAAAGAAGAUCUUAUAAUUUCUGGAUGCAGCUAAAUUAUAUUUUGGACUUAAUUAUUGA